ACGGCUCAAGCUGAAGGCAAGCCAGUUUUGUAGUGCACCUCCUCCGCGCCCCCUGGAGAGUCUUUGUCGACGAGCGAUGGCGGGCACUGUCGACGUUGAGAGUCAGAAGCGCAUCAAGGCGUUGCGCAAGAAGCUCUCGCAGAUCGAGAAGCUGAAGGAGAAGGAAGCCGACACCCUCACCCCCGAGGAGGCCGCAAAGAUCGAGGGUGAGGCCAAGAUCCUCUCCGAGAUCGUCGCCAUCGAGCGCGGGGAGGCGAUGCCGCGCGCCGUGGUGCAGGAGGCACCUGCGCCCGCCGUGGAGAAGGAGGCGCCCGCGCUGGCGCCCGCCGUGCCGGCGGCGGCGGCGGAGGCCGCGCCGGCGGCGUCCGCGGCAGGUGCCGAUGCUGAGGAGGAUGACAAGGAGCCCGGCGCGCGAGCAGCUGGAGCCAGUGGAGGCGGAGAAGAAGAUCAAGGCAAUGAAGAAGAAGCUUGGGCAGAUUGCCAAGCUGAAAGAGAGGGGCCCCCCAUUCACCAAGGA